CACAUCGCAGAGCGCCAAGUUGCUCUCCGACGUCAACAAUAUGGCGGAAAGCGACACAGAAGUUACUUUUAGGAAGGAGACUGUAGGUAAACUUAUAUCCAGCUUCUUCAAGGAGGACAAAAGCAGAUUAAGCGUAGAGGCUACAUUACUCGUGGCAGAGAUGCUGAAAAUAUUUGUCCAAGAGGCGACCGUGCGCUCUCAGAAACAAGCUGAAUGCGAGGAUUGCGAUCAAGUGGACAUCGAGCACUUUGAAAAGAUCCUGCCUCAGCUGGUGUGGAGCAAUACACAUUCUACACUCACUGGUCAUAGCAUCUUGCUGCUGGACUUCUAGCUGCCACAAGAUGGUACCAGAGUGUUUUACGACCUCCCCCCCUCCCAUCCCAACCCACACUUGUGUCAGGACCGACUCUGCUUCCAAAAGUGCCAUUAAAAAGCCUCCACACUG